GUCAUUUCAGGGGGUUGCAGCUCUCGGGGAAAAGGCGUAUCUCUUUGGUAACGCCUCUGACUUUAUGGAUCUCAGGCCUCGGGUCUGACGCUCAAAGAAGUUACCAUGUCUGGAGAGCUGGUGUCUUUGGAGCAGGUCCUGCAGGAGCACAUCCCGGCAGAGGAGCUCAGAGAAGUAUGGAGGCUUUUAUAUGGGAAAGAGCUCAGGAACCUGGCUAUCCCAGAUCAUGUUACGCAAACAGCCGUUCAGAGGAACUUUGAGUUGAAGGGGUACAUCUUUGAAGCAGCGGCAGAACAACUCCGACGGCCUCGUAUGGUCCGAGUAGGACUGAUCCAGAAUAAAAUCCAGUUGCCAACCACCAAACCAGUACUGGAACAGGUCACCGCCUUGCACAGGCGCAUUGCUGACAUUGUGGAGGUAGCGGCCAUGAAUGGCGUUAAUAUUGUGUGUUUCCAGGAAGCUUGGACAAUGCCCUUCGCUUUCUGUACGAGGGAGAAACUUCCAUGGACAGAGUUUGCUGAAUCUGCAGAGAAUGGAAUGACCACCAAAUUCUGCCAGGAGUUAGCAAAAAAGUACAACAUGGUCAUCAUAUCUCCGAUCUUGGAAAGAGAUGAGUUACAUGGGGAUACUCUGUGGAACACGGCUGUCGUUAUAUCAAACACGGGAGCUGUUCUGGGAAAAAGCAGAAAGAACCACAUCCCAAGGGUGGGUGACUUUAACGAGUCCAGUUAUUACAUGGAGGGAAACACAGGACACCGAGUAUUCCAGACAGCAUUUGGGAAGAUUGCCGUAAAUAUCUGCUAUGGGCGGCACCAUCCCCUGAAUUGGUUCAUGUACAGCAUGAACGGAGCAGAGAUUAUUUUCAAUCCUUCAGCUACCAUCGGAGGGCUUAGUGAGUCACUUUGGCCCAUAGAAGCCAGGAAUGCUGCUAUUGCCAAUCAUUGUUUUACCUGUGCCAUCAAUCGUGUGGGAACUGAGCACUUUGAAAAUGAGUUUACCUCUGGAGAUGGCAAUAAAGCCCAUCAUGACUUUGGCCAUUUUUAUGGCUCUAGUUAUGUGUCUGCUCCUGAUGGGAGUCGAACCCCAGGGCUAAGCAGGGUGAAUGAUGGGCUGCUAGUGGCUGAGCUGGACCUGAACCUUUGUAGACAAACCAACGACAAAUGGAACUUCAAGAUGACUGGACGUUAUGAGAUGUAUGCAGAUGAGCUGACCCAGGCCACCAGCCCAGAUUUCCAGCCUAACAUUGUGCGAGAGUAAUGAAAAGAAGGAACACAUUUUUAAGUAGCAACUGUGACACUUGUCUUUCAUACUCCGGACCAAGAGAUAGUGUGGAGACAUUUCUGUGUAGCAGAACUGCCAUUUGCCAAACAGCAGGUUAUGGUAGAUCCGUAUAUAAAGCGUUCAAUAUUA